AAAGACCCCCAUCCUUAAACCUUCGAUGUGAAUGACCUUGAUAGUAGAUGUGGCCCCUCCCUCCUCCUUCAGUCAGUCACUGUAAUCAUCCAGCAGGAGCUUGAUCUGUGCCCGCGGGCACUGCAGCAGUCCGUCCGUCCGUCCGUCAGUCCGUCCCACUGAGCUGUGUUGUUGUCAGUGGCCCCUGGUGGAGCUGCUGCUGCUGAGCAUGUGCUCGUCUGCUGCUCAGCAGGACAGAGGGGACGCUUCCCAUCAGCACACAGGCUGCGGGCAUGGAUCGCUGAGCGCACUGCUCCGACAUAAGAGCGCUGUCAACAAGCUGUUAUUUGUCCCUGCAUCAUGGAGGCUCAGCCUGGUGCAUCAUGGGAGUUCAUCAAUGGCGUGACAGAUACAAUAUAUGAGGGCUGAGAGGUCGUCAUGGAGACUGACAGCUACACCCCAGGCCCAGACACCACAGACUGGGCUGGGACGGUGGCCGGCCUGGAGGGAAUGGGAGUCCUUCAGGAGGAGGGAGGAGUGGACCCGGCAUCCUGGUACAUGCCAUACUCACUGGGUUUCCAGGUGUCGCUCACUGCCUUCCUCAUGCUGGAGCUGGUGUUGGGUUUCAGCAGCAACCUGACGGUGCUGGUGCUCUACUGCUCUCAAUCCAAUUUAGUGGACUCGGUGAGCAAUAUGGUGACUGUCAAUCUGCAUGUGCUGGAUGUGGUGGUGUGUGUGCUGUGUCUGCCCCUCACUCUGGUGGUUGUGCUGCUGCCUCCAGGACCAAAUCUGGCCCUGCUCUGCUGCUUCCAUGAGGCCUGUGUCACCUUUGCCAGCAUAGCCACAGCCAUCAACAUCCUAGUUAUCAGCUUGGACCGAUAUGAUAUCUCAGUACGGCCGGCCAACAGACUGCUGACCACACGUAGAGCGUCGCUGCUCCUGGCUGCUGUUUGGGUCACCUCGGUGGCUGUGUUUUUUAUCCCAUUCUUGGAGGUGCAGUGGUUCAGUGGAGAAGGAGCAGAGGAGAGGGGGCAGGUGACACCCUUGUCCUCACGUGGUAACAGUGCAACAGUGGUGCCAGCAUGGCGUAACCGGACACUGCUCUGUGUUGGCGGACAGGGCUACCACACAGGCCUUGGUAUGUAUUACCAUCUUAUCCUGCAGGUACCGAUCUUCUUCACCACUGUGGCUGUCAUGCUAUUUACCUACUCCAGAAUACUGAGGGCUUUAAACAUCCGCAUUGGCUCCCACAUAAAGAAGAGCCAGCGGUUCAGGGGCCCCUCCUGCAGGGGGCGCCACAAGAAACAGAAAAAAAAGAAGGCAGGUGUCAGAAUAAAUGAUGGUGGGGAGGGAGGAGGGGAGCAAUGCACCACAGAUGGUACCAAACAGCUCAGCCACCCUCCUCUCAUCCCUUCCCCAACCCCUACCCCCACAGCUACCUCCCCCCCUGCCCUGUCCUCUUCCGCCCCACUCGUCACCUCUGACACGGGCGCUGCAACCCCCAUGCCCGCUACCAUGGGCGUCCAGGCCUCCGUAUCGGCCAUCAUUGCUCUGAGGAGGGCAGUGCGACGACACAGGGAUCGGCGAGAGCGACAGAGGCGGGUGUUCAGGAUGUCCCUCAUCAUUAUCACCACCUUCUUGGGCUGUUGGGCUCCCCUCUCUGUGACCAACUUGCUAAUCCUGGGCCUAGGCCCCAGCGACACCCUGGUCAGCCUGCGCCUCUGGUUCUUAGCUCUGGCCUACGGUACCACCGUCUCCCACCCUCUGCUUUAUGCCUUCACCAGACAGAAGCUGCGCCGUGCCCUUCGGGCCAAGGUUAAGAAGAGGGUGGUGUCUCUGCUCCAGGUAGACCCCUCUCCGGGGGGCACCGUCAUACACAACUCCUGGGUGGAGAACAGAAAAACCAGCCGGCAGGUGCGGCUGGAAGCAAGCGAAGGUACUGACCGCUGCCUGGCAGAGGUCCUGUGAGACUGACACACGUGGGCCCUCCUAGUAUAAUUAAAAACGGGAAUACAGACACAGGUGUGUUCCAUUAUAAGACUCAGUGGUGUGUGAAGCCGGUGUAUGAAAUGUGAAAAACACAUUUCCUCCUCUGGGAGAUGUUUAACGUAACCAUGCCAUUGCUAAACACAUCUAAUGUUCACCUCAGGCAGCAGUGGGAGCAGGAUGCUGUCGUCACUGUGGUGUGCACAGCCUCUGGAGCUGAAGAAAAUCAUACGACAACAUACAAGUGUAAUUUGCACUCUGUUAAAUAGUGAUGUCUGUUUACAUAUGGAGUUGUAUGAUUGAGCGUUCUCAUAGGGGUGCUUACUUAACUGCUCUCAAGAAUGUGUUUAGCAAGCAGAUAAUCUGAUCUGCCACCCGCUCAAUUGCUCCAAGGCAGCUUUAAAGAAAUGUUGAUAGACUUCCAACAGACACAAUAACUUCUCAAAACCUCCUUAAAUGUAUUUAAUAUCGUCUCUGCCUUAAUUCUGCUCUGAAAGUUCUGCUAGAUUGUAUUUUGAACAAAAAGGGGAAUAUGUCGGACACUUGUAUGAUGGUGAGAUGUAGAUGUGUCCGGGUUUUGGAGGGAAGGUCCACAGAGCAAGGAACAAGUCAGAGCACAAUUAAAGGCUAGUGUGAAAUAUUAAAUGCAGUUUUGCUUUAGCUUAAGUAGUUAUUAAACGUCUACGUUACAGUGUUUAUAAAAUCUUGCAAAACUCCUUCAUAUAAAUGCAACUCUCUUGCUCCCCAAUUUGUAUAAAAUGGUGUAAUAUCUUAUUGAUGUUUUGCAUAUACUGCUGGGAGAAGGUGAGCGCAUUGUUUAAAGGUGUAGUUUGACUAAGGAAAAGACUCAUUUGCUUUCUUUCAGAUAAUUUUAUGUAAAGAUUGAUCCUGAUUUGACAUUGUGACCUCACAAAACAUGUUUUUGGCCCUAACUCAAGAAUGUUUGACAAUAUUUUACAACUAAGAUGCUAAACAAUGCUAUGCUAAGAUAAGCUUACCGGACUCUUGACUAUAUAUUUAGCGAAUGGAGAUGUGAGUGGUAGCUCAAUUAUUAUUAUCUAACUCUCGCAAGUAAGUAAAUCAGUCUCUUUCUCAAAAUAUCUUAAAACUAUUAUAACUGGCUAUGCUGAAGCAGCUAAUUUGGAUGACACUGUAAAAUGGAAGUGACAGACAAAAUAACGAGAACACCUUUCAAUAUAAUGCAGUCCAGUACACUACAUCACAUAAUAACUACAAUCUCAAAAAUAAUCGUCAUGUUCAAUCAACGCCUCUCUGACAGUUUCUCAACAAAAAACCUGCAGCCUCAUGAAAUAUAGUAUUCACUGCAGGUCUACUGUUUUUGGACUGCAUUAUAUUUAAGACGUCCCUGACAUUCAGUUUGGGAUUUUGGUAUGUUAAAAGCAUGCGGUUCUCUUUUGAAAUAACAUCUGUGUACAUACUGUAAAUACUGACCAGAUUCUCUACAGUAAAAGUCACUUGGUCUGUAUGUGAUUAUAGACUGACUUUUAGAGGAAUGUUUCAGUUGCAGCUGGCUCGUGGUGUCAGCACCCAGACAUCUGGUCCCGUGGGUCAACUCAACAGGCAAACACAAGGGAGUAAUUGUGACUACACAUUGGUGGGACUAUUAACAAAACUAGAGUUUGCUGUUGACUUUGUACUUCCUUGUUUGUUCACUGAUCUGAUGCUGCACUCACACUGGGACUCAUUUCAGAGGCCAUGUGUUUUCUCACACACACAGUCGAUGUGUUCUUGAAUGUAAACAUGUGAAAAAAAGAUAUGAAUUAUACUGUAAUUACACCAAGGAUAUGCUGUCUUUAAAGGUUUUCUUCAUGGUGUUGUUUUUAUGUGAAUGUGUCACUUUGCAAUGUUGAAUUAUAUCAAUAAAUAUGAAAUGCUGAGGUA